AAAAAAAUACACAACGUAACAGCUUCUUUCAAAAAUCAAAUUUAGUCUCGCUUUCCAUUAACCUCUGAAACUUCCGACGACGGUUCUAACGGCGGCGAUCCAAACAUGAAACCCGAAGAACCCCACAAGAACCCGAAAGAAGAAGAAGAAGAGAAUCAAAACGAGAAUCCGAAAGAAGAAGAUCAAGAAAACGAUCAUCAAGAAGAAGAAGAAGUGGAGAAUCUUCCUCAGAUUCCUCGACAAAUCCCACCAGAACUAAUCGAAAAAACCAUCGCACCCAUCCGGAGAUGCCAUUACCCUUCGCUAUCUCUCCUCUCUAACGCCUUUCGUCAAGUAAUCUCUUCAGAGGAUCUCUUCCAAACUCGCUCUCGCAUCGGUUUGACCGAACCGGUUCUUUAUACCUUGAUCACGUUCAAGUACCCAACUUUUGAAGAACCAAGAUGGUUCAUUCUCCAUCGGAGCAACAACUCCUUACAAUUGAACAGAGUUACUUCUCUUCCUCCCAUGUUUCUUGGAUGCGCCGCCGUCACAAUGGGCCACAAGAUUUACGUAAUGGGUGGUUAUAACUUCCGCUACAAUCGAACCGUAAGGACUAUGCUUGUCAUAGAUUGCAGAUUCAAUACGUAUCGACAGCUCCGGAAUAUGCAUAAGGAUCGUUGCUACGCAGCCGCUGGAGUGAUCGACGGAAGGAUUUACGUAGUCGGAGGUCGCAAGAGACGAUAUAAUGAUUGGGUCGAAGUGUUCAAUGUAGAGACUGAGCGUUGGGAACUUGUGCCUGGUCCAUUCUCUCCCCUUGCUAGUUAUAGGGGAGAGUUUGAUAUACAUGUGGUUUUGGAUAAUAAGAUUUACAUUUUGGAUGAUGAGCAUUGUUUUGCUUACGAUCCAAGACGACGUAGAUGGGAGGCUUGGGGAAUUGGAAGUGUACAGAGGAGUUUUUGGCACGCGUCGUCUUGUGUGGUUGAUGAUUUGUUAUAUGCCAUUGUUCUUGAUCGGGAGAUUGCAGGAGUUCCGAUUGUCGUUUAUGAUCCAAGGGAAAUGGUUUGGAGAUCUGUCAAGGGUUUAGCGUUUUGGCCUAAUGAUCUCGUUUAUUUCGAGUCUAGUAUGGCGAAUUAUGGUGGGAAGCUGGUGGUUUUGGGAUGUUUUCGGAGUCAGUAUAGUAUUGAUUAUUACGAUAAAAAUGUUUGGUGCGUAGAGGUGGCUUUGGAGAAACAUGAAGAUGGUGAAAUUUUGGGGGAGGUCGAAUCAUUCUCGCCUGUGAAAUCAUUCCGCAUGUCGCCUUUCUUUGAGCUUUCUCGAACUGUUACGGUUUGAUGACUCGUUUGCAGUUGCAAGGUGAAGGAUCUUUACAUCUAUACUAUUUGAGCAGCUAGUUGGUAUCAGAGAAAAGUAACUCAGAAGCUGUUACAUCUUACACCUUGAAGCAUAACUCGUCCGAUGCUUCUUGACCUUUGUGCACAAUAUGAUGUGAAUACUCUUACAGAAUUAGUAGUACUCUUUUAGCUGCCUUAUGCAAAAACUUUGUAGGAAACUUGUUGAAAUGCAUCUUAUGGGUUUUUGUGCAGUUGCACUAACAUGAUCGCAAGUUCUUUUUAGAUAUAUAAUUCUUCUGUAAGUAAUGAUCACAAUCAGAUUUAACGAAACCUUAUCUGCUUCUACCAUAUGAGCAAAUAUGAAAUUUUGGUUUAGAGGAUGAAGCAAAAUAAUGUGAUUUAGUUAACCAGUGAUUUUGACUUUAUGAGUAGCUACAAUCACUCAACCUACGAGAUCAAAGUGAAGCUAUCUAUAUAUGCAAAGAGAAGAUAUGUCAUUUAAUUACAUUUGUCUCUAAAGACC